CUCGACCUCCCACCCACGUGUGCCCGCUCAGACCCAGCACCAACAGUCAAGACAUUCUGCUUCAAAGCCACGCAGACAUUGCACUUUAGCGCCCUGUCAGAUUUCGAUAGUUCGAGAAGCCACGCAAUAAAUAGCAAUCUUCAACCCCGCGAAAUCAGUCUUGGAUUCGCCACGGUGCUUUCUGACAAGUGUCAACCGCAUCUUCUGGCUUCAUUGCUUCAAGGUGAAUCAACCCACGGAUGCCAUCCAGACCCCUGGGAAACACACGGACGACGAUGCAGUUAUCCCUACCCACGUCUAGCGCAUGUCAAGGUUUGUCCUUUGCAACCCUACCAAUAUGGAGCCGUGGGAAUCAAGUGCUGUUUCCACCUCCACGACGAGCCGGCCAUCAUCUCCCGGCUGAUCUCAAUAUAACCGCCUCAAGCAAUGAGCCUGGCGUGUUUCGACUUUUGUGUUUCCGUGGUUCCAACCAACGUAUGUUCUAUCCGUCCUCAAUGAUGCGAUCUUGAACAAUCUUCCCGAGAGGUCGUUGUCCUAGCGCGACCACCAUGCCCUGACAAGCUCCCGGAUUUCUGGGCUCGCCUGUUCUUCAUCUCGCCAAAUUGCACUCAAUAGUCUCCCCUGGCUAGCAUCGCCCCAAAUACCGUAUUGGGUGCGAACCGUUUGGUACUGGUUUGCUGAAGGAAUGGGCCGUUGCCAGAUUCGGUUCCCUGGCCCCGCGACAACUUUCCCCGUCAUCCCUCUUGUGAUCCAACCUAAAAGAGGGCAUUUCCUCCCGACUUCAAAGACCGACGGGCCUAUUCUCCGACCUUGAUGGAAAUCCGCAUAGAAAUGUCCACCUGCUAAGGUGACCGGUCAUGGACUCCCCGGGACGCCAGUCCGGCACCAGCCUGGCCGACCUGAUACGCACAUCACAGCUUCUUACCGAUCGAUACAGUACUGUUGCCAAUAGCCUCAAUACGGCACCGGUGACCCUGUCUGAUCUCGCCAAAGAAUGUCGCGCUGUGACAGAUGCUCUCCGACGAUUCAAGUACCUGCGCGAAACGAUACCGGAAACCCUCGUUUUCGAUCCAGUCCUUCUCGACCAAUCCUGCCAGGAUGCCUUGGACUCGAUCAACACAGAUUUGUCGUCUCUCGACUUCUACAGUACGCGAAUUCGCCCGGCGACGAGCGAUAGUGCUGUCGACAUGUCCUCGGGGCAAAUCACCAUCAUUUGGAACGAAGACUCUCUCAGGCAAAUUCAACGCCAGCUAAAGACCAACCGUCAAUCUCUUACAUUUCUUCUUAAUUGUGUUCCAAGCGAACAUGUGACAUCCAAAAACCACUCCACAUUCAUGCACUCAUCCCGCCUAGUGUCAUGGGAUUGUGCGAUCAGCCCGGCAGUGCUCAACAAAGGCAGUCGACUACGUCUAUCGACCAUCGGUCCGCGACCAAGGCCAGAGGCAGAAAUCACCCCCGUCAAUGAUUCCUUCGAAGUUCGUUCGGCUUUGAAGAGACUCAGACCACCGCCGGGCAUACUAUACAAGCAGAGCAUGAGAACAACAAAAGACUUACACGAUGCAAUCGAUCGUGGAGACGAAGCCGCCGUGGUGAAGCUCCUGUUACAGCGCAUCGAUCCGAAUGCGCCUCGCUUUGGCUCGAAACUUUGCCCUCUUCGUCGAGCUUUGAAUCGCCAAAUUCCAUCUCUAGUAACUUUCAUAGCUAUCGCCGGAGCAGAUCUCGAGAGCGGAGGAGACGAGGGCGACACAAUCUUGAUCACGGCAAUCAAGUAUGGAUACUCCGAGAAGGUCGUCUCGCUAUUGUGCGAACUCGGUGCAGAUGUGAAUGCCGUCGAUACGCUGGGGUGCUCGGCAGUACACUACGCCGCCAUGUCAGCCAAAGACGAUGACACCUUGGAGGUGCUCAUCCGCGCUGGGGGCGAAGUCGACCGCAGGGAUUUGGGAACACGAACGCCUCUUAUAGCCGCUGUUCAAAAUUACCGCUUCAACGCUAUCGAAAAGCUUCUCGAAUAUGGUGCGGACCUGGAAGCCCGACUACAAAAUGGCAGAACAGCGCUCCAUGUCGCCAUAUCUAUGAGAAGCAGCCCGAUGACGGAGUUCCUAUCAGAUCAGGGCGCCUACCUCGACCGACGUGUCAAUGAGCACACCGCCUUGACGUACGCAAUAUCUACAGCUUGUCCUGAUAUCGCUGAGGUGCUGAUAGGGGCCGGAGCUGACGUUAACUUGCCGAGCUCGAAGGGCAACUUUCCGUUGCUCGCGGCUGCCUCAGCUGGGGACUUGCGCACCAUGAAGCUUCUCCUCUCUCGCGGUGCUAAUUUUGAUGCUACCGGUAGCGAGGGGUACCUACCCAUUCACAUGGCAGCCCAUAAGAACCGAGUCGAGGUGUUGCAACUUCUCUUCAAAGCUGGAUCACAGAUUGACCCAACGACAGAACAUGGAGAGACGCCUCUCACGAUCGCGAUGCACUUGGGAUGCUUCGAAGCCGCUCAAUUCCUGAUCGAGGUCGGUGCUGAGGUAGACCACUCCGCUCCUGGAGCAGAGAGAAUCAUAUGCCAAGCUCUCAAAGCCGGCAACACGCGAAUUGCAAUCGCCCUCAUCCGAGGUGGUGCAGACCUUACAACCCCGUUGUUGCGAAACUCCAGCAUGACGCCGCUACAUCUUGCAGCCCACUACGGACAAAACGACGUGCUUGCGACGAUGAUCAGUACGGGCGUCGACCUCGAUACUAGGACCUGGCCAGGGUUCACCCCACUCUUCGCUGCCGCGAGGGCAGGGCAUCUCGACACUGUGCGACUUCUCCUCGCCGCCGGAGCGUACCUCAGAGCUCGAUCAAUGUCAGGGGCGAACCUGAUGUUCUUCGCCACAGCGCAUCCCGCAAUGAUAAAGCUUCUGAUAGACCUUGGACUAGAUGUUCGUGAGCGCGAUCAUCACGGCGCAACACCGCUGCAUUAUGCGGCUGUCAAGGGUCAGUACGCAACAGUGAAGCUGUUGUUACAACAUGGCGCGAGGUUGGUUCAUGCCAGCGCCGUCUUCGAGUCUCUUCAAGACUAUAAAACGAAAGCGAAGUAUCGCCAAGGCACUGCUGCAGGCCUUGCUAGACAGAAAGGUCACAUGAAACUUGCGCGACUUAUUGAGGGGUGGAAGUUCAAGACUUGAUGCGCUGAUACUCUCUUUGCUCCCACUUUUGCUGCCCACUAGCAGUGCAUUUCCUAUGUUGACCUAAGAUCUACAUUGAUAUCAGAAGAUACCCAACGAUUGCACGUAGGCGUUUGGUCAAUACGACGUGAUCAUCACCACUGGCCGAUACGCCAUUUUCCUAUUCCAAUACAAUAUUUACCAUCUCUUCCUGCCAUCUGAAUUAUGCAACUUAGUCUAAGACUGGGAAACGAUAUUGAUCACAGCGUGCAGCUUUCAAAUAUCCAUCACCUCUUUCGCUAGAAAUGCGGAAAGAAAUCAGACCACUCCGGGGUCUCAUACAACGACGCAGGAGCCUCGCGCAGAUUGAUAAACGCCUCAAUGACCAAGAAGACCCUUGCCACAACAAAUAGCAACAGGACAAAACAAAGAACAAACGACUUUGCUCUCUUCAUCCAAGGUUUCUGGUACGUCGAUCCUGCCAGUUGCGCCCCCGGCGCCGCACCAGAAAUGAACAUAUCAAACCGCGGCCAAACCUGUCGAGCGAGGAAGAAGAUCCACAGCACCACGCCCGAGGAUGUAAUCACCAAAGACGCAGCCAGCCAGAGAGUCCGCUCAAUUGUCGUCGGAAAGUGGUCGAGCCAGCCCGCAAGGUGGAGCCCGCCGUACGCUGCUGCCGUCAGAGCGAGGACCGACCGCAGGACGUCGCGGUGGAUGUUGACUUGGCCUAGCCCGAGGUUCGACAUGGACGGGAAGUUGACUAUGCAAGGGACGAAGUAAUCCGUCUCGCCGAGAAACACGCCAACGGUCGGCACGGAGGUGAAGUAGAAUUGAGCAUACGUCGGCCGGGAAAUGCAUUCUGCCCAGAGACAAUCUGCGGCUGACGCAGCUUGUGCCAAUCGUCCUGGGUUGACGGGCAUGUGAGGUUUCUCGUGUCUCUGGACAUCUGCAAAGAGUCUUCGACAAUAGAUCGUACCGUGCCGGAGACUGAGCUGGGUGUAAGGCGAAGCGAAGUAUGUCUGUUGACAUUCCGGGGACACCGUCGGUUUCGCCUGAUCGAUGUGGUACAUGUAUGCGGUUCGGGAUACUCUUUUCCGCUGAAUGUCGACGUCCACAGGCGACGAGAAGGGACGAAGGUUACUGACGUCGAAGCCGAGAAACCUAGAGGGCUCCCUGGUGCCAGGUGAGCCGAUGGACAAGUGGGUCGUGAUGAGAAUCUUGUCCUUGUUCUCCUUUCUGACCCCUUCCGUGCCCACGUCUUCGGACGGUAUGUACAUGAAGCACCGGAUCUCAGUUACGCCGUUAACAGCGCUCAUCGACGAGCAGAACAUCAUCAACGCCAUGGCAUCCUCGUUCCCCUCGUCCAGAACAGUGGGAUCGAGCACAUCCAGGGGCUUGCUCCACCAUAGUAAAUAAAGCAGGGCAGCACAAGCAACGUGCCCGCAGGUGUUGAUCUCGAGCAGCGAGACCGGCAUUUUCUUAAUGAGGCGGCCGAUGACUUGGGCGACCAUCCAGCCGGCCUGUAUGCACACCAGCGACUUGGCCAUCCAAUCCGCCUUGCUCUUAUCCUGGAUCUGCGACUUGUGAAUCUGCGGCAGCUUGCCGAUGAAGGAUAAAAGCCUGAUACCCUCCGGCGUGACGGUCACUCUCCUGAGCGCCGUCUCGACCUCAGAAGACGGCACAUUGACGACGAACCCUCCCAUCACGGCGUAAAAGCACUGCGUCAUGUCCCACGUAUGCCUCGAAAACGCCCUCGUCUCCUCCCUAUCGACAGGCACUCCAUCUGCCCCUGUACUCCCUUUCCGAUCCGCAGCAUCCUUCUCAAUCUCUUUCUUGAGCCAUCUUGCCACAAUAUACUGAGCCGCCGCCGUAGCGACCACGAGCUCCGGCGCGAAGAUGCCGUACAGGACCCACUUUGUCCGUUCCAACGACCGGCUCCGAAGGGUGGAGCGCGCGGCGGGGACGUUGAGGUGGAGGGCCGUCCAGACGCAUAUCGUGAGGGUGAGGACGCAGGAGCAGAUUAGGCCGAAGGUGCCGCGACCGUUUGGUUCGGGAGCCCAGUUGGUCGUGGAUGAGGGAGGGGCCGCUGCUGCGAAGGGGGGCGAGAGGAGGAGAUAGGCUGCGACGGCGGAGAUCAUGAGCGUGAGUUGAUGUGUUUAUAUUGCAUUUUUGCAAGCUUUAGUUGGAGUUGCCUUGCUGGGCUUUGAAGCUCUCUGGCAGAGCCUUCCUUAAGAUUAGGGGAAGUCGCGGUACCUAUAUCAUGGUUGACAUACCAUCAAGGAGUGUCGUACGAAAGCGAAGCCGCGGGAGCUGACCCCAUGCCGUAGGCGCUGACGGCACGCGCCGGAUGCGCCUUACCGGCGGUGCAUAGAGCUAGAAGCUGAAGCAGGGCAUCGCCACCACCGACCAGGGUUCAGAGGCUGCAGAGCCAAUGAACAUGGAUCACACUGCAUCGCGAUAAGACGACGUCCAAAGUCAUUGGACAUGGAAAUGGAAAUAUGCGUUUUGUGGCGUUCUACC